AAUAGCACGUUAAGUCUCGCGACACUUGUGUAAGCAGCCAGCGAGCCCUGCACAAAGUCAGUGUUGUGUGCGUCACCUGUUCCUGUGAAUCAUCGGCGACCAAAGCACGGGAGCAGGUCCGGAAAGAACUUUCUAGAAGCAACAAGUGAGCUCUCCGGUUCACCAGUCCGGUGUAUUAAAAAAGAUAACCGUGUGUGGUGUGAGAGAUGGCCAGAGGAAGCCGCAGCCGUCCCUCAGCUCCAGCCAGCCCAGGUACAUCCCAUGGUUUGGCUACCGCUAAUCCACCUCCUGUCUCCCUGGCCCCAGCUCCAGCUCAGUCUCAGGGGCCAGGCCUCAUGGCCCAGAUGGCUUCUACGGCUGCGGGGGUGGCAGUAGGCUCGGCUGUGGGCCAUGUUGUUGGCAGUGCCCUGACAGGAGCAUUUAGCGGCAGCAGCACCAGCAGUUCAGAGCCAGCUAAGCCUACAUACCAGGAGCACCCCCGGCCUGCUCCAGCCCAGCCAGGCCCCUGUCACUUAGAAAUCAAACAGUUCCUAGACUGUGCCACCAACCAGCCUGACCUGAGUUUAUGUGAGGGCUUCAAUGAGGCGCUCAAACAGUGCAAGUACUCCCACGGUGUGACAUCACUGGUGUGAAGGACAGGUGUCAUCUAUCAUGACCGACAGAUUUCAGUCAUGAAACAUACUGUACAGAUAUUUUAGACACCACAUAAUAAUCCGAAUGCUGUAACUCAGGCCGGGAGCAUGUUGUUUCCAUUUGUUUUGUUGAUUGAUGGCUGUGUUCAGUGUUUUUGGUCAUUGACAAUGACAUACAUUUAAUAAACAGAUGUUAUCUAUUUGCAA